CCUUAAAUGUUUUCAUGAAUGCCUGGAUUAAGUUUCACCAUAUAAACUCAGAUCCCAUUCACACUGCUCUCUAUUCAAAUUUUAAAAUUUUUCAUUUCCAGAAAUAGAAAUAUAGAAAUAUAGAAAUGAACGAGUCCUUUAACCAAACCCUGGAGGACUCUGUGCUCGGUGAACAAGGACUAAAUGUGUCUCCGGCUCUUGAAGAAAUUGCAGCGUCCUUUAACAAGUCUAAUAUACUCGUCCCAGAACCAGUUUUCUCCAUCAUUCUCACCCUGUACAUCCUCCUCACAACAUUUGCAGUGCUGGGAAACCUCUCUGUGGUUCUUGUGGUGGCUCUAAAGAAGGGUUUAAGAACAACUAGAAACAUCUUCAUCUUACAUCUUGCUAUUUCAGAUAUACUCUCCGCCUGCUCCAUCCCCCUCACAAUCACAGACGGUCUGACCAGGUCUUGGGUUCUUGGAGACUCACCUCUCAUGUGCAGAAUUGUGAAAACUGUUCCAAACAUGGCCGUGUUCAUGUCCUCGUUCACCAUCGUCGCCAUCGCCAUAGAUCGGUACUACGUCAUCUGCAGACCAACCAGAUCUCAGAUAAACAAAACAAAGGCAUGUCUGAUCUACCCAGUCGUCUUCCUGCUCGCCAUUGCCGCAACUGUUAUCCUGUUUGUGAAAUCCCGACUCUUUACGCUCAAACAGCUUCUGGAAAAUCAGGGAGUUGUGGUCAACAAGCACGAAGAAUUCUUUUCCGAAAUCUUAAUCUGUGUGGAGGAUUGGAAUGAUGGCAAACCUAUGAGCAAAUACGAUAGGUUAAACUACACCCUGUUCUCCUUCGGUAUCCAGUUCCUUCUGCCCUUGGUUGUAAUCAUAGUCUUCUACACUAAGAUCUACAAGUAUAUCAAGCUUCACCAGUACAGCAUGACCAACCAGAGAAACAGAAUGAAGAGAACAAGUAUCAUCUUCUUCUUCAUCUCUGUUAUCUUCUGCGUCAGUUGGCUGCCGUUCUCACUAUUCUCUAUGCUAUCUGAAGCUUUUGAUCUCUUUGAAGACUCAGAGGCCCUGAUGCUCUGUUACUACAUCACUCACCUCUUGGGAAUGUCGUCCUCUUGCACCAAUCCCAUCCUCUACGCAUUCUUCAACACAAACUUAUCAACUGAACUCAAGAAACUACCUGGACAGUUAUUUGCUCUGUGCACUCCAUCCUUAAACAAUCAGACGGGAGAAGUCGCUGUAAGACUAUCAAUAAGGAACGUAGAAAAUACAAGGAACAACAAACCCUCUGAUGAGCAUCAGACGUUAAAGGGCUUCAAUGAUCUGACCACAACUCAGCUAAGGCUCCAGACCAGCUCAGAAGCGCAACACUCGGAGCCAUCAUUUCUGCAGCAGUCAAGCGCAGGAGCUGCCAACGCCUCCGGGCCCAGCCAGGCCAGAAAGGCAGGGCCGGUACAGGAUGAAGAGCCAAGACAAGUAGAAUUCACAGUAGCAUCACCUGGACCUAGGCCCGUGAUUAAGGAGAGUCCACUGGAGCUGACAUUGGUUCAAGUAGAUCCUAGAUUCAAGAUUUUAAAACUUCGUCACUCCUUGAAGCAUCAGUCAAGUAUGGAUAAAUUUGUUCUGGUACGAUCACACUCAGAGUACUUCUUUAACAGGCAGAUAUUAAACAAUGUCUAACUAAACAAAAUUUUCUCCAAAAACAAAAGAAUAAAGACAGAAAAAUUUUGAAAAAUAA